UGUGUUGUUUACGGGUACUUUACGGUAGACCUACGGUACGUACAUUUUCAACCGGAACGUAAUUUUGACGAUUGAGCGGUAUUGUACUACCAACUGUACAGGAAAUCGGCCAUACUUCAUUUUCUUAGGCCAGGGAGCGGUUAUUUUACUAUGUCUUACAGACCUCCCUAUGGCUCCCAGCCUUCAGGGAACUAUCGUGUACCACCAGGACCUGGUGGAAUGACCAAUAUCCAGGGACAGUUCGCAAUGGGUACACCUCAGCAGCAACAGCAGCAGAGCUUUCAUAUGAUGCACCAACAACAGCCACCUCAGCAACAUCAACCACAGGGACAGACUGGGGGAAUGGCUCCCCACAUGUAUCAUAGUCAGCCUGUUGCAGGAAUUUACCCAACACCUGGAUAUGGUCAGAUGGUAAUGCAGCAAGGUCCAUUCAUUGGUCAAGCAGGGGUAAUCCAGCCAGGUAUGAUGACUAGAGGAGUUGGUCAGCAAGCAGGGAUCAUACCUGGCAUUGGUCAGCAGAAUAUCCAGACUCAGCAGAAUAUGACACCAGAACAACUCAAGAAAUAUGCAGAAAAACAAAAGAAGAUGUUGGAGGAACAGAAAAAGAAAGAGGAGCAAGAGAGGAAGGAUCGUUUUCGAGAAGAACAGAAGAGAAAGUUGAAGGAGUUCUCUUCUGGUGGGAGGUCUUCUAUGGGAUCCAAGAGCCUUGACAUGGGAGACCUCUUAUCUAAGAGCUUAAUGACACCACAACUCAACAGAAUCCGAGCAUGGUCCAAGCACCAGGAAUACAUUAUCAACAUGGCAUGCCUGUGCAAUCGGUUGGUUUUUAUUCCACAAGGUCAUCAUCCUGGAAUGCAGGGUGUGGUUUUAGGUGCUAGGCAACCACAGAAUCCUCCAGCUGGUGCUACACCCACCGUGAUUCAUUCUCAAAGUAUGGAUGAUGGAUUCAGUGGAUUUCAGAAGGCUGCACCAUUGACAUCUAGCGGGGGUCAAACUAAAGAAGAUGACUUUGGGGAGUUUCUCCAUGCCCCUUCAAAUUCAGAGUCUGUUGUACAUCCUGUAACUGAACUGAAAGUGGAGCCUGGGUCACAAGCCCUACCAUCAGAAGGUGAUGAUGAUAGCUUUGGAGACUUCCUCGGAGGAGGGCCUGGUGCCCCUCAGAGUGCCCCUCAGAGUGACUCAGACACACAGAAGCAAGACCAUGAUAAGAAACAAGUAGAAGAGAAUCCAUUCUCUGAUCCAAAGGCUGAUCCAAAGGCCAUGGGGUCAUCCUUAGAGAACAUGAUGAAGCAGUCUACAGAUCUCUCUGAAUCCCAGAAACAGCGUAAACGAUUCAACCAGAAACCAUCACUAAAUGAAGUCAAGGAUCAUACAACCAUCCAGCAUAAGUCGGUUAGUACCUUCACACCAAGUAACAAGUCUAGGUUAUGGCAGCGGGAGAGUGAAGACUUGACCACACUCUUCACCCUUCCCUCUGCAGCCCAAGGAGGGCAGCAGAAUCCCAUAACCGCUGUCCAAGGAGGAAUGGGCCAAAGUGAUGUUGGGCAGCCUGUAACAUUGCCUGCAUUCCAGCAACAUCAAAAUCCUGGUCAACUUCCAAACUGGCUUCAGAAUGAGUCCUCAUUGCCAAUGGUCUAUCAUCAAGUCCUCGAGGCAUCUACCAAUGAUGGAGCCAUACAAACCAACCUUCUAUACCCUAUACUCCUUCUCUCUGGACUGGACCGUCCUUUGCUUGGUCAUAUCUGGUCAAUGGUCAACUACGCACUUCCUGGUCAGCUGGUGGCUCAAGAGCUUUACAUGGGAUUGGCUCUUAUUGCUCAUGCUCAGAGAGGCCAGGAGGUAUCUAUUGCAGCUCUGUGCAGCCUACCAGAAGCACCUAUCCCCCAGCUCAACCCCACUGCUGCCCAACAACCUGCUUCUCAUCAGCCACCAUCAACACAACCCCACCAAGAAGGCACAAAGAUUGAUGAGGAGGAGGAGGAGGACUUUGCUCCAUUCCAGGAAGCCCAAAGACUGCUGCUGUCACCAUUCCUAGGGUACCAAGCGUCCUUCCUUCAAUCA